AUGUCUAAUCCAAAUUGGUUAAGCGAUUCAAAUUAUAUGGAUAAUUCAGGAGAUGAUUUUUUGAAUUCUAUAUUUGAUCAAGAUCAAGGUCAAAUUCUGCAACCACCGUCUCAACCUUCACAACCCCAACAAUCACAACAAUCAAUGCAAAUGCAACAAAAUCAAAAUCUAGGACAACAACCACAAUCACAUCCAUCAAGGUCUAGUCAACUGCCUUUAACUAUUCCUCAGUCACAACCAAAUAUGAAUCAGAAUGCAAUGCAACCUCAACAAUUCCAACAAAAUCAACCUCAACAACAACAACAGCAACAGCAACAACAACAAAUGCCAUCAGAAAUAGAUUUUAACAAUAUGAUGAUGAGACAACUUUCACAUCAACCUCAACAACAAAUGAAUGCAAAUAAACAAGAAAUGUUAAUGAGGAUGAAACAACAAAUUUAUAGACAAAAAAUGCAAGCUCAAGCUAAUGCUCAAGGUCAUUCUCAGAAUCAAAAUUUAAAUCAAAAUCCUUCAUUACAACAACAACAACAAAAUCAGUCAGCUCAUGCAUCACCAAUGCCUACUUCUCAAAUUCCAACACCUAUUCAGAAUAAUCCAACUAUGGCAAACAUGGCUACAAAUAAUACUGGAAAUUUCCCACCUCAAUUUCAACAGCAACAAGAACAACAACAAAUGCCACCAAGAAAUCAAAUCCAACAACAGCAAAUGUCUCCUCAACAGCAGCAACUUAACCAGCAACAACAACCACAGCAACAACCAAUACAAAAUCAGCAAAUGCCACCGCAACAACAGCAGCAACAACAAUCUCAAAAUCAAGGUCCUCAACAACAGCAACAGCAACAACGUAUGCCUCAAAAACCAUCCAUGAAUACCCAAUUAAGCUUUGAGUUAUUUCAUACUUUAUUAUUUGACUUCAUGCAACGUAGGAGAACUCCGAUAAAACAACCAAUUGCUAUCAAUAAUAAACGUGUCAAUUUAUUUGUAUUUUACAUGUUGUGCCAAAAAUUGGGAGGAUUUCAACAAUUAAGAAGAUUCUUAAAUAUGGAUAUGCUGCAACAACCUCAAAAUCCUUGGGCUUUAGUUGGUGCAAAAAUGGGACUUUAUGAAGGUGUAAAUUUACAAGAACCUGGGGUUAAAGAAAGUAUUGAUCAACAAGUAAGUCAAUGUUAUGCUACUAAUAUUUUACCAUAUGAAGAAUAUCAAGGUACUCCUGCUGGACAAAGAGAUCUUUCUCAAAGGAAAACUCAAUUUCAAGCACAGAUUUUACAAAAAUAUCAGUUACAACAACAAAAUCAGCAGAACCAACAGAAUCAACAACAACCACAACAAAAUCAGCAACAACAAAAUCAACAGCAGCAACCCCAACCCCAACCACAACAAAUAUUUCAACAAUCUCAACAACCACAACAACCUCAAUCAGCUCCUUCUCAAACUCAAUCAUUUUCACCAGCUAUGACUGUACCAACACCAAUGACAUCACUUCCUACUCAUCAAAGUCCAAUGAUAAGUAAUGCACCAACUCCUCAACAAAGAAAACUAUCAAGAGCAAGUAAUCCAUCUAAUCAUAAUUCACCAAUGGUUAAUUCUCCAUAUGUUCAAAAUCAGCAGUAUAGACAACCUAAUCAACAACAGCAACAACAACAAAAUCCUCAAUUUCCUCCUGGUCAAUUCCAUUCUGGUCAAGCUCAACAACAACAACCUCCUCAAAACUUUCAACAACAGCAACAGCAACAACAAUUUGCUCAACAACAACAAAGACAACAAUCACAAUCACAACAGCAAAAAGUUAAGCAGCAGCAACAGCAAAAACCUAUACCACAAACCAAACAAGAAGCAGUAUCUAAUAUUAAACAUAUAAUCACCAAAGAAGAAGCAAAUGUGUUAAAGAAUUAUGUACCAUUCAAGAGAAUGAUAGAAACUCAUGGAAACCAUACGAUAAAAGAUCUUUCACAAUUAGCUGGUGAAAUCGAAGUUACAAAACCAAUUUAUUUGUUUGCACCAGAAUUAGGAGCUAUAAAUUUACAAGCUUUAUGUAUGUCUAUAAAGAGUGAUAAUGGUAUACAAAGUUCAGAAGUUGUUAAUGCAUUAAAUACAUUGUUGGUCACUACGUCUGAUAUAAAUUAUACUUUUGCUAUAACCGAUUGUUUAGAAUUAUUAGAUACAUUGAGUAAAUUAGGAAAGGAAGUGUUGCAUAAAAUUAUAAAUGGUGAGCCAUCUGGUGAAGAUAUUAUAAUGAAAGAUGUAACAAAAUUAGACUCACAAAGUAGGAUUGAUGAUAUUUUUAGUAAGUAUGUAAAUGGUAAUAAUAAGGAUGGAGAAGAUAUACACUAUGUUGUCAAUUCAUUAACUGGUGAAAUUGUAUCUGAUGAUGAAGAUGAUAUUAAUGAAUUAUUUGAUUUAGAAGAACCAGAAACUCCCAAAACUCCAACUUCACAGAUUGAGGAAAUCAAACAUUUUCAUAUUGAUGAUUACUAUACUGCUUUACAAAUAUUCAAAUGGGAAAAUAAAGAUCAUUUUAGUAAAUUACAAACUAAAAGUGCAAAUGAUGAACAAAUUUUCUUGGUUGAUCAAUUAAUUACUAUUACUAUGAUUUUGAGAAACAUUUCAUUUACUGAUUAUAAUAAAGAACCAAUGGCAACAAACUGGAUUUUCAAAGAUUUAUUAUUUUCAAUUAUUAAACAAAUUGCAAUUCAUAGAUCCAAAUUUAAAUUUAGUAGGAAAAGAUUAUGUUUAUUAAAAGAUUGUCUUUUGAUGUUAAACAAUAUAUCAUAUUUCAUUCAUUUACAGUCAUUGGAAGAAGCAUUUUUAUCAUUUGUUUUAAUUAGUAGUUUUGGACCAAGAAUCAAACAUAAAUGGCAAAUACCAAGAUGUAAUUUAGACACUCAUACUUAUUUCUCGUUUGCUUUAGAUGCAUUUACAAAAUUAUUAGUAAGAGAACCAUAUAAUAGAUCAUUGUUACAAGCAGUAUUGAAUGGUAGUUUAAACCUUGGCUUAACAACAAGUUAUACCAACAAUUUUGUAAUAUCUCAGUAUGAUCAAGAAUAUACCAAAAAAUUAGUUUAUUUAUAUUUAGGUAAGGAGGAUACAAAACAUUUCAAAACUGGUAUUUUGCUAACUAGAGCUUUCCAAUUAUACAUGAGUAUAUUACCAUAUGAUGCCAACAGUUUUGAGUUUUCAAAAUUUGUUUUUAUAAGAGCUCCAACAGUUUCUCAAAUGUUAUUUGGAGUUAAAUUAAUAAUUGAUAUGGCACCAAUUGAAGAUUUAAAUACUCCAUUAAAUAAAUUAACCUUAUAUUGGAUCUUACACAAUAGAGAAUUAAUUUUAGGAAAUUUUGCAAGAAUUGUUGUUGCAUUAGCUUCAGAAACUGGUAAAUUUCCAAGAGAAUCAGCAGAACAUUCAAUAUUAUCAUCAGCAUUGACUAAAGCAUUAAUUGUUGUAAAUUCAUUAGUUGAUAAUGCGUUAAUUGCUAAGAACCUAGAAGAUUCAGAAGAAACUUCAAAUCAACAUUCUGAAUUAAUGGAAAAAUUAACUGAUUGUUAUGCAUUUCCUAGAAUUAUACCUGAUAUAAAUCUAACUUUAGAUACAUUUUUGGCACCAACAAUUGAUACUAAUUUAGGUAAAGAAAUUGUUAGAUUAUUAAGAUAUUUAAAAGAUUUAAAAGCUUGUGAAGGUAUAUAA